CCCUGGCUAGUAGCUUUUCUGUGUCUCAAGAUCUGAAUAGCACAGCUGCCCCACACCCUCGCCUGUCCCAGUACAAGUCCAAGUACAGUUCCCUGGAUCAGAGUGAGCGGCGUCAGCAGUUACUGGAACGGCAGAAAUUCAAGCGGCUGGAUUAUGUGAAUCAUGCCAGAAGACUGGCUGAAGAUGACUGGACAGGGAUGGAGAGUGAGGAAGAAGAUAAGAAAUACGAUGAAGAAAUGGACAUUGACACUGGCAAGAAGUUACCAAAACGCUAUGCUAAUCAAUUGAUGCUUUCUGAAUGGUUAAUUGACGUCCCUUCGGAUUUGGGGCAGGAAUGGAUUGUGGUUGUGUGCCCUGUUGGAAAACGAGCGCUUAUCGUGGCCUCCAGGGGUUCUACCAGUGCCUACACCAAGAGUGGUUACUGUGUCAACAAGUUUUCUUCACUUCUGCCAGGAGGCAACAAGCGAAACUCAACAACUGCAAAAGACUAUACCAUUCUGGACUGCAUUUACAGUGAGGCGAAGCAGACCUACUACAUUCUGGAUGUGAUGUGCUGGCGGGGCCACCCUUUUUAUGACUGCCAGACUGAUUUCCGAUUCUACUGGAUGCAUUCAAAGUUACCAGAAGAAGAAGGACUGGGAGAGAACACCAAGCUCAAUCCUUUUAAAUUUGUGGGGCUAAAGAAUUUUCCUUGUACCCCUGAGAGCCUGUGUAAGGUGCUGUCGAUGGAUUUCCCUUUUGAGGUGGAUGGACUUCUCUUCUACCACAAGCAGACCCACUAUAGCCCUGGAAGCACUCCUCUGGUGGGCUGGCUACGCCCGUACAUGGUGUCAGAUAUUCUUGGUGUGGCUGUGCCAGCUGGGGGCCCACUAACCACUAAGCCAGAGUAUGCGGGGCACCAGCUCCAGCAGAUUAUUGAGCACAAGAGGAGCCAGAAGGAGGGCAUGAAAGAGAAACCCACACAUAAGGCCUUUGACAAUGGGCACUAUGAGCUGGAGCAUCUGUCCACCCCUGAGCUGAAGAGUGAUCCCCACAGCUUGGACCAACUAGGGAGUCGCAUGGAAAACUAAAGAGAGCAGCCUCCUUUGGGUGUCACAGGAAGGUGCUUGGUUUCAGAACAAAGGUUGGGGAGGACAGUGACGACAAUAGGUGACUUCAUUUUAGAGUGGACUUUCCAGAGCCACUCCAGCUGGAAACAGCUUAACUCAUGUAAAAAGUGUAUCCCAGAUCCACAAUGUAAAUAUAUGUGAUUCUU